UGUCAUAUGACCAUCUCGUUCAAGUUCUCUGCACAGUCAGACAUCUUUCUUCUGAGAGAGUGAAUCGGUGGUGUAGGCCAUAUUUGACAGUGGAAUCAAUUUAGUUUAGUGAAGUGAGUGUGUGAAGCGAGUUCGGUUCGCCAGGAUCCAUCUUGAGGAGAUCAACUAGAAGGCCAGCUUGUUCCUCCGACCAGCCUGUAAAUACUCUCUCUCGCCCAGUCACACCAGCGUUCGUGCCAGCGAGCAAAGGAAAUUCUUUGAGAAGAGCAACAAGAGAAGAAAAAAAAACAGCACACACAUAGAAAAUGGCGCUGCCAGAGGAAUCACCCGUCUAUGGACCAUUUUUCGGAGUUAUGGGCGCCGCGGCUGCUAUCAUCUUCAGCGCGCUGGGAGCUGCCUAUGGAACGGCAAAGUCAGGAACAGGUAUCGCUGCCAUGUCGGUGAUGCGACCGGAGUUGAUCAUGAAGUCCAUCAUUCCCGUGGUCAUGGCUGGUAUCAUUGCCAUCUACGGUCUGGUCGUGGCUGUACUUAUUGCCGGUGCUCUGGAAGAACCCAGCAAAUACAGUCUGUAUAAGGGCUUCAUCCAUCUGGGCGCUGGCUUGGCUGUGGGCUUCUCCGGCUUGGCGGCCGGCUUUGCGAUCGGUAUUGUGGGUGAUGCUGGUGUCCGUGGAACUGCCCAGCAACCUCGUCUCUUCGUCGGUAUGAUUCUGAUCCUCAUUUUCGCCGAAGUCUUGGGUCUCUACGGUCUCAUUGUGGCCAUCUAUCUGUACACCAAGUAAACGACCAACCGAAUAGCUCCCCCCCUUUCUAUUUUCACACAAAAAAAAGAGCAGAGAGAAGUCGAGGUGGAGAGGAAGAGAAGAAGAAGAGAAACACACACAAACACAUUACACCAAAUGAAAAGAUUAAUUAAAACAUCCAUUUUGAAUGAAGUUUGAAAACAGAGCGAGAAAAAUUUGUUUAGUUUCUUUUUUGAGAAAAACAUAAUAUCACCUUCAUUGACAGGAUAGAGAAGAGAGAAAGAGAGAAAAGAAAGAGGAAAAACAGAAACACACCCACGUUUUAACAGUUAGUGAAGAAGGAAAUGGUGGAAAAGGAGGAGAAAGAAAAGAAAAAAACAAGCAGAAAAGAAACCCAAGUUGAGUAAUAUAUAAUUUAAGUUAUGAAUGGAGGAGUAUAUAAAAUGAAGAGUAGAACAAUUUUUCUUUGUCGCGCAUCCUGAAAGGAAUUCUCUUGUUGUAUUAAGGUGAAAAUGAAGUGAGAAUAUAUAGAGAGAAAAAAAAAUAUGGUGAAGAUCUCCUCCUCGUUUGAGGAGGGUGAGAUUCCCUACUAUGUAAAUUUAAUUACUUUCUUUUCUGUGUCCCUCAUUUUUGGUGUUUUUUUUUGCCCACACACACAUUUUUUAGUUCUGUUUAUGCUUUCGUAUUACGUAAAUAAGGAUGGCAGGCCACUUAACGACGAUGAUGAUGAUGAUGAGAGAUCAGUCGAAAAACACCUCCUCCUCUUGCUAUCGAGAAGGAGACUUUCACAUUCACUAAACUGCAGUCCUGUGGAGGUAGAGAGAGAGAAAGAGAAGGAGAGGGCUUUCUGUCGUGCCGUCAGAGCCUCUGACUCGGGUCUGGUGCCAGCGGGUCCGCCCACGUGUUAGAGAGCCGGUCGAUGUGUCGUGAUGCUGGACGCGGAGACGGGCUCUUUGGGGCGCUGCGCGCUGGAUCCACGAGGGAUGCGCUCGAGACUCUGACGGCGCGCGCGCGCGCGCGCGAUUGUGGUGCAAUUUCCCUUUUGUCAUGUCCAUUCUGCCAUCAGGAUCCCAUCAGCCCGGGCGCUACCAUCCCUCCACCCUUUUAGCCGCUAAGUUCCAACCAUUCGUCCCGGUUCCUCGGGAGAAAGAGUCUUUCAGCACAAUUUCUAGAGACAAUUCGUUCGGAGGAUUUUUCUUUUUGCAUAAAAAGAGAGAAAAAGUGUUUGAGAUCGAGGUAAAAAUGAAGAAGAAGAAGAUGAUGAAAAUUCUUAGGAAGUGUGAGAAGAAGAGAAGGAAUAAAUUGAAUUUCUUUGUUAAUUUCUAUUUUUUCGUUUUCUUUGAAGAUGAAACCUAUAUAGUUAUUAAAUAAAAUAUUUUUAGAUAUAAUAAGAUACGAAUUAACUUAAUUCAAAAUGUAUAUGUACAGUUUUUAGUGAAUAUGAUGAUGGAAAAAAAGAAAUAGUGAAGAAUAUUGAAAUUUUCAGAUCAACAUCUUGUUUAGGCUCCAUUUUUAUAAUUUUCAAAUACAUUUUGAUCCCACAGAAGACAUGUAAUAUUUUGCUUUGUCAAUCAAAUGCAGCUGUUAGGAUUUCUGAUUCUUUAUAAUCUUGUUCUUGUAACUGGAAAGAAAGAGACAAAAAAAACCCCUUUCAUCAUAGAAACGAAUAAUUUUCUCACUAUUUUUUCUCCCUCUGAAAUGUUUUGUUCUAAGACAUUGAAAGAGAAAAAAAACCCCUUCAAAUUUCGGUUAAUUCUUGUUUCCUUGCGCAUUAAACUUUCAAUCAAUCAAUCACACAACAACAACAACAACAAAAAACGAAUGAAUUGAAGAAAAAGUUUGAGAAGAAACAUCGUGAAUGGUGUAAAUAAAUAAAUAUCAAUUGUGUACCGAAGAAUUAAUUAAGAUGAAAAAAUCAUACAAAAAUGAAGUUAUAUCAUUAUUAGCUUUCUGUGUAUAAAAAAAAAGAUGAAAAAUAUGUACUAAAAGUGACUAUAAAACACAAAUUUAUCCGGAAACAUUUCUUAAAAAUCAUGAAAGAGAAAAAUAUUGAGGAAUUUUGCUGUCGCUCAUUGAGUUUGAAGUGAGAAAGAGAACAAAGAAGUAAAAAAUACUACCCUCAAUAGGAAUAUUUUUAACUGUAUAAAAGGAAAAAAAACAAAGAAAGGAUGUCGAUUGAGUGCAAACUUUUGAGUUUUUGCGAUGGUUUGAGAUGCAAGCGAGUGAGAAAAAGGGAAGUUAUAGAGCAUAUAAAUAGAAGAGAAAGUAGAUGAGAUAAGACUAUAAAAGCAUAAAAAAUACUAUACAAAAAUAAUUGAUUACAUUUAUCGUCAUUAAAAAAAAAAACGAGACAAAGAUUGUCAGGGGUCGAAGAAUAUCACUGAGAAAUGAAGUUAAAAAAAAAGAAUAAAUUUGUACAUUCCAACAACUUAUUUAUCUGUUUAAUCCAUAGACAGCAGCAACAGAAAACUUAUUUAAAAUCAUCAAGUAUAUAAAAAUGAGAAAAUUCAGUGUUCAAGUUUAAUUAAACAAUAAAAUGAUUUCAAAUAA